AACAAAAUCAACAAGAACAAGAAUUCUAUCCCCCGGAACCGGAACCGGAACAACAGGCGGAGGACAAGGAGAGAGCGAGGAGCCGAUCCGUCCCGUCCCGUCCGAUCGAUCGCCCGGCGGCUCUCCGGCUAGAAAUGGCGCAAGAGAGUUGGAAAGAGGCAGAGGAUACGGGUGUCCACGCACCCGAGGCCCCGAUACUGUGCGUCAACAACUGCGGCUUCUUUGGCAACCGGAUGACAGAGAACAUGUGCUCAAAGUGUUACCGAGACACUGCCAAGGCCAAGAGGAUGGCCACUCUAGUCGAGAACAAAACUGCUGCUGCUGUUGCAUCGUCACCCACACCAUUGGUGGCAGAGAUGAAGGAUGAAGCAUCUGGCUCAGCCAAAGAAGGCAAGCAAGUAGCCGAGGAGGAGGCGCCCAAGCCACCGAGCAACCGCUGCCUGUCGUGCCGGAAGAAGGUCGGGCUAACGGGGUUCAAGUGUCGCUGCGGAGACACCUUCUGCUCGAUGCACCGGUACGCCGACGCGCACGAUUGCAAGUUCGACUACAAGCAGGCCGGCAGGGAGCAGAUCGCCCAGCAGAACCCCGUCGUCAAGGCUGACAAGGUCACCAGAUUCUGAUGGAGGUUCUGCUGAAGGAGCCAUGCUCGUUUAUAUUUCCUCAAUGGUGAUGAUGAUGCUUGGUCCGUCAGGUUUACUUCAGAAUUGUGUGUCUACCAUCCUCCUGGGAGUGUACUUCGCCGAUGAACCGCCUUGGACAAACACCACCAACCCAUGUCCGUCCGAAGGGCCAUCAACGGGCCAUUGCACCGAGUUGGCGACGCCUUCAAGGGCUGUAUAAUGUUGGUGUUUGUGUGGCAACAUUCAUUGGCACAGGUGCAUUUCUGUUUAUUUACAUAUAUAUGAAUAAUGUGAAUGUAAAUAUUUGUCCUUAACAGCAUGCAGUCCAACUGAUUUAUCUAUCAUGCUCAAGGCUUGGCAGGUUUCCAUGGUCACCUGUUUUAGUGUAAA